AUGGAUCGAAGUUGGAUGACAAGACCACGCAUAAGUGACGAGUAUGACAAUGGAGUUGAAGAUUUCUUGCAAUUUGCCAAACAUAAUGCAGCACCCAUUGCUGGACUAUACUUAUGUCCAUGUGUUAAUUGUUUGAAUGGACGACGACAAUCUUUGGAUGACAUUAGAACACAUCUUAUAUGUGAUGGUAUCAGUCCAAAUUAUAUGAAAUGGAUUUGGCAUGGUGAAUUACCACAAAUGUCAUCAAGCCCUCUAACUGCUCCAGUUGACGAAGAAGUUGGUGAUCGUAUAGAAGACAUGCUACGUGAUCUUGGACAAGAGGGUUUUAGGCAAGCACAUUCACCUUACUAUGAAAGCUUAGAUACUGAUUCUACGACUCCAUUGUAUAUGGGAUGCACAAAGUACACACGGUUAUCAGCGGUCUUAGGUUUGGUGAAUUUGAAAGCAAGAUUUGGGUGGAGUGACAAAAGCUUCAAUGAAUUACUUUUGUUAUUGAAGAAUAUGCUUCCUGUAGAUAACACAUUACCCAAGAACCAUUACGAGGCAAAGAAGAUAUUAUGCCCUGUGGGUAUGGAAUACCACAAAAUACAUGCUUGCCCUAAUGAUUGUAUUUUGUAUAGACAUCAAUUUGCUGAAAUGCGCAGCUGCCCUACAUGUGGAGCGUCACGUUACAAAGUGAAGUCUGAUGAAAGCAGUGUUGAUGGAAGCACAUACAAAGAUUGUCCAUCAAAAGUGUGUUGGUAUCUUCCAGUAAUACCAAGGUUUAAGCGAUUGUUUGCUAAUGCACAAGACGCAAAAAACCUAACAUGGCAUGCUAAUGGAAGGAUUAAAGAUGGAUUGCUCCGUCAUCCAGCUGAUUCUCCUCAAUGGAAGUCAAUUGAUGAGUUGUAUCCGGAAUUUGGGCAAGAUCCCAGAAACCUAAGGGUUGGUCUCGCCUCCGAUGGAAUGAAUUCUUUUGGGAACUUGAGCUGCAACCACAGUUCCUGGCCUGUUUUGCUGAUGAUUUACAACCUUCCUCCUUGGUUGUGCAUCAAACGGAAGUACAUAAUGAUGUGUAUGAUGAUAGCCGGUCCCAGACAGCCAGGAAAUGACAUUGAUGUGUAUCUUGCUCCAUUGAUUGAAGACCUCAGGAAAUUAUGGGUAGAAGGGGUUGAUGUGUAUGACAGGAAUGCUCAGGAGACAUUCAGGUUGCAUGUAAUGAUUUUUUGCACCAUUAACGACUUUCCGGCAUAUGGGAAUUUGAGUGGAUAUAGCGUCAAAGGCCACCACGCAUGUCCUAUAUGUGAGAAAGACACAAGUUACCUCCAAUUAAAGCAUGGGAAGAAGACAGUGUAUACAAGACAUCGAAGAUUUUUAAAAGCUUUUCACCCAUACAGGCGAAUGAAGAAGGCAUUUAAUGGCACAUCUGAGUUUGACAGUGCACCGAUUCCUUUGUCAGGUCAUGAAGUUUUUGAUCGGGUGAAGAACAUCGUCACUAUAUAUGGGAAGACACAAAAAAAGGAUGGGUCCCACAACCAGCUUUGGAAGAAAAAGUCUAUAUUUUUUGAUCUGCCUUACUGGUGUCAUUUAGAUGUGAGACAUUGUUUAGAUGUUAUGCAUGUUGAGAAAAAUGUAUGUGAUAGUCUAGUUGGGACACUGCUAAACAUUAAAGGCAAGACAAAAGAUGGUUUGAAAUGCCGUCAAGAUUUAGUAGAGAUGGGCAUACGACAACAGUUACACCCAGUUUCAAAAGGUGUUCGAACUUAUUUGCCGCCCGCAUCUCAUACAAUGUCAAAGACUGAGAAAAAAAGCUUUUUUCAUUGUCUGAAAAAUGUCAAAGUCCCACAAGGAUACUCUUCAAAUAUAAAGAGCCUUGUAUCUAUGAGUGAUUUGAAAUUGGUUGGCUUGAAGUCUCAUGAUUGUCACGUUUUAAUGCAACAAUUAUUGCCUAUAGCCAUCCGGGGUAUAUUGCCUGACAAAGUAAGGGUUGCAAUAACUAGAUUGUGUUUUUUCUUCAAUGCCAUCUGCAGCAAAGUAAUCGACCCAAAACAGUUGGAUGAUUUGGAAAAUGAGGCUUCCAUUAUCAUUUGUCAAUUGGAGAUGUAUUUUCCACCUGCAUUUUUUGACAUAAUGGUUCACUUGGUUGUUCAUCUAGUUCGAGAAAUACGGUUGUGCGGGCCCGUUUAUCUGCGUUGGAUGUAUCCGGUUGAGCGGUACAUGAAGGUAUUGAAAGGUUAUACGAAAAAUCAAUAUCGCCCAGAAGCAAGCAUUGUUGAAAGGUAUGUGGCUGAAGAAGCCAUUGAGUUUUGUUCUGAGUACAUUGAAAAUGGUUCACCUGUUGGUCUUCCUGAAAGCCGUCACGAGUCCACCCGACAAGGCAGGGGUACACGAGGAUUCAAUGUUGUAACCAUGGAUCGGGAACAGGUCUCACAAGCGCAUUUAUAUGUACUAAACAACACUGCUGAAGUUAUACCAUACUUAGAUGCUCACAAGGAAUAUGUUGCAGCUUGUCACCCAAACAUGAAUAUGAUGCGCGUGUUGCAGGAGCACAAUAGGAGUUUCAUUAAUUGGUUUAGAAAAACAAUUUUUGGAAUUAACACUGCUUCUAAGACAUUAACAAUGUUAGCUGUUGGGCCUAAUCUUAAUGUCCUUACUUGGAAGGGGUAUGAUAUUAACAAUUAUUCAUUUUACACAAAAUCGCAGGAUGAUCACAGUGUUGUAUAA